UGAAAACUGUUGACAUUUCAAUACACUUAUUCCUGUCUACGCCUGUCAAAAGUAUUUGCUAGGGAUUGCAAAGCAUCUGCAACCAUGUCGGGAAGAGGUGGAAAGAAAAAGGCAAAGGUUUUGUCAAAAUCUGCACGGUCCGGUGUGCUAUUUCCAGUAGCGAGAAUGCAAAGAUACCUGAAGAGAGAUACACAUCAUUUUCGAAUUGGUUCAGGUGCUCCUGUUUACAUGGCAGCGGUUAUCGAGUAUUUGACAGCUGAGAUUCUUGAGUUAGCUGGUAAUGCUGCUCGUGACAACAAGAAAACACGAGUUACACCUAGACAUAUUCUUCUUGCUGUGGCUAAUGAUGAAGAACUCCACCAGCUCCUGAAACAUGUGACCAUAGCCUCAGGUGGUGUUAUACCAAGAAUUCAUCCCGAGCUUCUUGUCCGUAAGAAAGGUGGAAAAGUUGUUCCCCUGAUCAAACCCGCCCUCAAAGCUACAUCUACACCAUCCCCCAAAACCAGCACUUUAAUCAAGCCCAAGGGAAAGGCAGCAUUAGCAGCAGCUGUCAAGACAAAGCCAGCAGCCUCUAAAAAGCCUGCUCAGAAAAAAACUGCUAAGGCAAAAGCAAUAGCUGAUGGCACAGAUGGUGGCUCUCCAGUAGGGAAGGGCACUGUUGCUGGUGGCUUCACCAUCUUGUCAGAGAGGAAACUCUUCCUCGGACAAAAGUUAACAGUCCUGCAGGGUGACAUUGUGAAGGUUACAGCUGAUGCCAUCGUUCAUCCCACAAGCAGCAACUUCUACAUGGGUGGUGAAGUGGGGUCUGCACUAAAGAAAGCUGGUGGGAAUGAGUUCCAGGACGAGAUCAAGGCUCUACAGUCAUCUCACGGCAGCCUUGAUGUCUCUGAAGUGGCAAUCUGUCCUGGGCGUAAUUUCCUCCCAGCCAAGUAUGUGAUACACUGUAAUAGUCCACAGUGGAGUGCUACGAACCCACAAGAGCUUUUAGAUAAGACUGUGAAAAAUAUACUGACAUUAGCAGACAAGCAUGACCUUAGGAGCGUAGCUCUUCCAUCUAUUGGAAGUGGCCGUGCUGGUUUCCCCAAACAGACUGCAGCCCAGCUCAUCCUGCGAUCCAUUAGCAACUAUUUCUCUGGCAGCAUGGCGAGUUCUAUCAAACAGGUAUACUUCGUCCUCUAUGACGUUGAGAGCGUUACUGUAUACACAACAGAGCUACAACGCCUCGAUGCAUGAACAUACUCAAUGUCAUUCGAUUCAUCUCACAGAUUACAGUCCUUUCUCCCCGUGUAUUGCUCUACCCGUCACUUCACCAUCUCAGUAGCUUGUCAGAUUUGUGUUAGAUACUCUUGCACAAUGUGUUUAGUUGAUAAAUAAUGACAGAGACAGAUACAGGUAUAUUUAUGAUAACAAGAUGUUGAUAGAUGCUAUCUGUAUUGUUAAAGUGUAUCUUGGUUUUGUUUUGAGAUGUUGUGAUAGACAAUGGUUACAUUGUGUUUGUUAACAGUAUCUAUUGUUGUUAUAGUCAAUCUGUGAUCAGUUAAGUUUAUGAACAUUUCUGUGGUGUUUUGAUAGCUGGUGCAAUCUUAUUUAAAAAUAUUUCUUUAAACAUCAGAUUUUUAUCACGGCUGAUACUAUCAUUAUUAACACUCGAUUGGCAAAUAAGCCCUUAUAGGUAACACUAGUCUUAUAAUUUUAUUUUUUGUUUGGUUUGUGUAUCAGGGAAUAUGAGAGUCUCAUGACCUUGAGUUACUUAAUCUUCUUAAAUUUAUAUUUAUCAGAAAUUUACUAGAGAUAUUAAUGUCAGAAAUACAUUUGAAAAACAUUUUGGUAUUUAACUCAAAAGGGUAAUGAAAAUAUAUCAAUAUUUAACCCAUAUAUCAAUUAUGGACCCAUAUGUAUAAUAAAAUAUCAUUGCAUUUCAAAUGUUAUUUUUUUUGCACAUCAUAAUUAUACCAAAAGAACAUUGAUAUAGUGAAGGAAUAUAGUCUUCAUCCAUUUCCCUUUUUAACCAAAAUCAUUUCCACUGACCAUGAUGUGGCUGUCCCCUAUUGAUAUGGAAUUAUGCAUCAUGUUGCUGAAGAUCUCACAAUCAUGUAUACACAAGGGCUGCAGGUUACAAUGCAAUGUCGUCAUUAUAGAUUUAUGUCUUAUUUCCAACACGUCAUUGUCUAGCAAUACAUGUGUAUCAUUCUUUAGAAUAUUUAAUCCUUUAAAUUGUUCAAUUCUUUACAAUAAUCCACUAAAUGACUCUGUAUAUCUACAUAAAAGAAUACAGAAAAUCAUUUUCUGUUUUGUAUGAACAAAAAGUUACCAAAUACAGGCCUAGCGGCAGUUUUAUCUAGCAGUUACAUUUAUAUUUUUACACACUCAAUAAAAUUCAGGCAACAGUUCCUAGAAAUAUCUUCAGUGUAACCAAUAUAAGUGUCAUGUUCUAUUUUUAAUAGCCAAAUAACUUGCUUAAACUUGAUUUUUUAAACCAAAACACAAUCAAUCAUGAUUAUCUUUAACACACCACGGGCAUUUAUGUUUAAAAGUCUCUUUAAAUAGGAAAAUUUAUACCAAAACAAAAUUUUAUUUCAAAACAAAUAUAGUGAGCCCUAGCCCGGUUCUGUUAUAGGGACUCCAGAUUGUCAAAGAAAUUGGGGCCAGCUUUCAAUGCAGUACAGAUACAUUUAAACACCGUUAAUCCAAACACUGUGUUUUUGCAAUUAUCACUUUUUAUUUUUUGGUCCCAAUUUAUUUCUUCUUUGCUUAAUUAAAAUUCAUAUCAGUAAACCGAAAUCGCUAUUUCAAAAUUAGCAUUAUUACGAAGUCGAAAUUAGGGUCCGGAUUCGGUAUAUCACACCUAUUUUUUUCAAUCCAUUUUUCAAACUUGGUCAUCUCAUAGAUUUCACACAAUACUUCGAUAACAUGCAGUUAUUGGCUCGAUGUGAUAAUGAAGCACAAUUAGCACUUGUUAAAGAAUGACAUCGAGCACGCAUAUGUAAGAAGCAUCAAUGUCAGAUCAUGAGCGAUUUAUUUUGGGCAGCGUAGUUUUUAUGAAAUGGCUGUUUUACACAUUCUGUAUUUUAUUUAAAAUGUCGUUAUCAACAAAUUUGGUGGCCACAUUACUCAAUUAACCCUCUGCUUAACAAUCCGGAAGAGUGCAUGGACCCCAUGGGAAAUCUGGAUUGGUAACUGCAAUGUUACAGAUGCAUGCAUGCAUGUGCUGUCAUGUAUUUUGCAUGCGUAAUAUCUUAUUUAAUUAAAAUGUAUAAUAAGAAAUUAUUUGUCAUUUAUUAAACAAGAAUUCAACAAACAUGUAUACUGAAUGAUCACCUGGACAAAAUGCAACAUGUUGGUAAGGUGUAGCCGACAUUGCAAUCUUUUCGUCACUAAUAAUAUGCGAAAUCUGUCAGUCACUAAAAUGUUAAUUCAAAAUAUUGCUAAUACAAACUUAAAAUCUGAGUCCUGACAACAUUGGAUUAACGGUAUUUAAAUGUAAUGUACAUAUGAUGGAACUUGUUAUAUUUUUCAUAUAUUUUAUGAAUAUUCCUGCAGUAUUCUUAAUUGAUUAUAAUAUAUAUACAUGUAGUGUGUUUACAUCCACUUUAGAUUACCCGGUAAUAUGCCUAUUUUGGUAUAAUUUAUAUUAAGUAUCUGUUUUAGAAUUGUGUUGUUUUAAGAUUUACUCAGUAUGCUGUAGAUUAUUUACAUUUUACAUGUUUUGUAGAACUGCAAUAUUCAAAACAUAAAGAGGCGUUUCAAAACACUACGUGUACAGGAACUUUUACACAUAGCUACAAAUGUAUACAUGUUGCAGUUGAGUUUAAAAGUCAUUAUACUUGUAUAAUGCACACCUACCCAGUAGCGCACAAACAGUAGUAUACACAUACAUAUACCUGUAAAAUACAUCUCUACUUCAAACAUUCUACUGGAAGCAUAAGGGUUCACAUAAGUCUCUUACAGUUUAAUUUAUCACGCUACUGAUUUAUUUUUAUCAGAACUUAUGAUCAAAUUCCUUUACUCCAUUAGUUUAUGCUUAUGUUUGGACAGACUACACUAUGUAGUUAAUUAAGCUUGUUGAAUUGUAUUGAAUAGUUAUUACACAACUUUUUAAGUGUUUUAAUGUAUUAUACAACUUUUAGAAUGUUUAAAUAUGCUAAUUUGUUUUUUAGAAGCUGUUGUUUGUAUGUAUUCUGCCCUCACUUUUAAGUUGUUGUGAUGAUACUCAUGUUAUUUUACAAGCAUAAUCUAAGUGGCAUUUACAUAUUAAGGUUAGGUUUAUUAUGCCUUCAUUGUAGGAUCUUUUUAAAGGCCAUGUAACAAUAGCAUACAUGCCAUAUCCCCUGGCAAGGAGAAAUAUCCCUUAGAAUUUCAAUCAAUCCCCCAGUCUCCUGACGGGGAAAUCAUCCCCCCGAAUUAUGUUUUUGUUUGUGUGUGAUUGGGAAAAAUGUUGGCUAGAUUGUUGUGUUCAAUACAUGACUUACAGCAUAUAUGCUCAACACAGCGCUUUUAUGAUGAUUAAUAUAUGAUAUAUGAAAAUCCCCCUAGUUGAGGGCAAGAUGCCCUGGUUUUCUGAGUGAAGUCCCCUGGUAAGUGUUUUAAAAAUGGCAGAUAUUAGCUAGUUUAUUAGACAUGCUAAAAAUUCCGUUUUUCCUGAACAAAAUCCCUUGGGAAGGUCUUAAGAGAGAUAUAUAUGUGUGUAUGCAAUAUUGUAAGAUCAUUGUACAGCUAAGUACAUGGUUAAUGUCAAAAAUUAAGAUGAGGCCAAUCACUUUUAUCUGGUAUGUGUUUGCUCGCUAUGAUUUUAAGUAUUUAUUAUUGAAUAGUCAAACUUAGUGCAUUUUUAAGAAAAACUAUCCUUUUUUUCAGACAAAAUGGUAUCAUUUUCUCACUUACUUCUGUAGUAUUUAAAACUUAUUAAUACUUUUUAUAUUUGUAUUUGAUAAGUUUAUACUGCUUAUACUAAUUGCUUGUGUUUUGUGUGUGUGUGCUUAUUAAGAACUAGAGGAUAUGAGAGACUUAUCUCCAGUGUAGAGCUUGUAAUGAUAUUAGAACUACAAAUAACUAAUACAAACCAAUUAUGAACACAUUUUAUUUUCGAUCAAAAUCUGCUUUAGUUCAUUUCAUGUGUAUUUUGCAUUAUUCUACAAAAUUUCAUAUUUUCAAUUAUGUACAUUUCGACCAUAUGUACAUGUACUUACAUUCAUCUUACUGCCAUUUUAAGUGAGUUUUAGACAUUCUCGUUUUCUUAGAAAUAAACAUGAA